AUGAGCCAGUGUGAUCCAGCGAUUUCACGCGGCGUUUUUUUUUAUCCAAUCAAUAUGAUGAUGAAAAGGAGAAGGAGAAGAAUAGCGUCUUUGUUACGACACCAACAUAAGGAUAGCCUGAUGGUUGCAAAUGGUUACGUUCGCACAGCCUGAGCCAUAUAAGCUAGAGAAGAUCAUAUCAUUAAUCGACAUUGCGAGCCAUGAAAUGACAUAACGUCUAGGCUUGUAUGCUGUAAUACAUAAUAACGUCAAUGGUGAUCAUUUUUCACUAAAAGGACUGGAUUUGAAAGCUGCAGCACUAGGGAAUAUCACAGCGGAAAUUACAUUCAACUCCAAAUAACGGAUGGAGGAGAGCAUGCAUGAAUUAACGGAGCGGAUAAACUCAGCGGCGAUAUUAAAGAGAUGAAACACCUCUCGUUCUCUCUUUAUGUACUCAACCAGCCCGCGGGGGAGAGGUGAGAGACAACCAGGAGCAGCCGAUGAUCGGAGAGAACAGCGGCCACAGCGCAGCGGCAGGCAUCCGGGACAGUGAUAACUCAGAGAGAGCGCUGUUUACUGUCAUCUGAGAUCUGGCUCCGGACCAGCGGUGAGGCAUGGGCUGCGCUCCCAGCAUCCACGUCUCCCAGAGCGGCGUGAUCUACUGCCGAGACUCGGACGAGUCCAACUCUCCGCACCAGACCACCACUAUAUCCCAGGGCACCGCGGCCACCCUCCAUGGGCUGUUCAUCAAGACGGACGCGGCCGACACCAUCCCCUCGGUAAUCACUUACCAGACCAGGCAGUCCCGGAACAAAUCUCACGGAGAGAGGAGAGAGAACUGCGGGGGACACAUCUGCAUCGAGGCCGAGACUCAGACCAGUCACACCAGUGGCAAGGUAUCAGCCACAGAAGAGUGUGUAGGACCUAUGAGACUGACCCAAGAACCUAUUCAGGUCCUGCUGGUGUUUGCGAAGGAGGAUGGUCAGAGCGAUGCCUUCUGGUGGGCGUGUGACCGGGCGGGUUUCAGGUGUAACAUUGCCCGAACGCCCGAGUCCGCUGUCGAAUGUUUCCUGGACAAGAACCACGAGAUCGUGGUCAUUGAUGGACGCCACUCACAAUACUUUGAGGCAGAGGCUGUCUGCCGGUUGGUCCGUGCCACAAAGCCCUCAGAACACACAGUCCUUCUGGCCAUUGUGCCACAGACGCCUUUAGAUCAGGAGGAGCCGUCUGUUCGUCCUCUCCUCUGCGCUGGAUUCAGCAGAAGGUAUGAGGAGAACAUUAGUGUCUCUGCCUGCUAUAACGAAUUGCUCCAGAUAGAACAUGGAGAGGUGCGCUGCCAGUUCAAACUCAGGGCGUGUAACUCAGUCUUCACUGCUCUGGACCACUGUCAGGAGGCUGUGGAGAUCACCAGUGAAGACCAUGUGAUACAGUACGUGAACCCAGCGUUUGAGCACAUGAUGGGAUACCACAAAGGAGAGUUAAUAGGGAAAGAGCUGACAGAACUCCCCAAGAGUGACAAGAACCGAGCAGAUCUUCUAGACACCAUCAACACCUGCAUCAAGAAAGGAAAGGAGUGGCAGGGGAUCUACUACGCCAGGAGGAAGUCAGGUGACAGCAUACAGCAGCACGUCAAGAUUACGCCUGUGAUUGGCCAGGGAGGUAAAAUCCGCCAUUUUGUCUCCAUCAAGAGGCCCCACAGUGACAACAACAAACAGGUCCAUAAGAUCAACAGAGAUGGAGACCAUUCCCAGUUAGAAAGCCAUUCCCUGCGUCACAGAGACAGGAGGAAAGAGUCUGUUGAUGCCCGGUCAAUCAGCUCACGUAGCAGUGAUGCUCCCAGUCUGCAGAACCGGAGGUACUCCUCUGUAGCCAGGAUCCACUCUAUGACCAUAGAGGCCCCCAUCACCAAGGUGAUCAACAUCAUCAACGCGGCCCAGGAGUCCAGUCCGGUUUCGGUAGCGGAUGCACUGGACCGGGUCCUGGAGAUCCUGAGGACCACAGAGCUCUACUCUCCUCAGCUGGCCUCCAAGGAAGACGAUCCACACACCAACGACCUCGUCGGGGGGCUCAUGAGUGAUGGCUUACGGAGCCUGUCUGGGAACGAGUAUGUCUUCUCCAAAAGUACCCUUCCAAAUAUGAGUCAGCUGGCCAUCCCAGUAACGCUGAAUGACAUCCCUCCGGCCAUCGCUGAGAUGCUGGACGACGAGGACCAAUGGCACUUUAACAUCCUAGAGCUGGAGGCUGCCACCUGUAUGAGACCUUUGACCUACCUGGGCUUGAAGAUCUUUGCUCGCUUCAGUGUGUGUGAGUUCCUGAGCUGCAGUGAGGCUACGCUACGCUGCUGGCUGCAGGUCAUAGAGGCUAACUACCACGCCUCCAACUCCUACCACAACUCCACCCACGCCGCUGACGUCCUACACGCUACUGCCUACUUCCUACGCAAGGAGAAGGUCAAGGGCAGUCUGGACCAGCUGGACGAGGUGGCUGCGUUGAUCGCGGCGACGGUCCAUGAUGUGGACCACCCAGGGAGGACCAACAGCUUCCUGUGUAAUGCAGGAAGUGAGCUGGCCAUCCUGUAUAACGACACUGCAGUGUUGGAGAGUCACCAUGCCGCCCUCGCCUUCCAACUCACUGUCAGGGAUAUCAAGAGCAACAUCUUCAAAAACAUUGACAGGACUCAGUUCAGGACGUUGAGGCAGGCAAUAAUAGACAUGGUGCUGGCUACAGAGAUGACCCGUCAUUUUGAACACGUCAACAAGUUUGCCAACAGCAUCAACAAACCCAUGGCUGCCAUCGAGGAGUCCAGUUCAAAUAGUGAAGGCAGUGACAACGAGGGUCCAGCCAGCAUCAGGAACAGCCCAGAGAACCGGCUGCUGAUCAAGAGGAUGAUGAUAAAGUGUGCUGAUGUGGCCAACCCCUGUAGACCUCUGGAGCUCUGCAUAGAAUGGGCCGGACGCAUCUCUGAGGAGUACUUUUCCCAGACUGACGAGGAGAAGAGAGAGGCUCUACCGGUGGUCAUGCCUGUAUUUGACAGGAACACCUGCAGUAUCCCCAAGUCUCAGAUCUCCUUCAUAGACUACUUCAUUACAGACAUGUUUGACGCCUGGGAUGCCUUCGCCAGUCUACCUGGCCUCAUGGAGCACCUGUCAGAGAACUACAAGUACUGGAAGGGUCUGGACGACAUGAAGUGCAAGAGCCUGCGUCCGCCUUCUCCUCCGUGACCCCUCCAUCCCUCCCUCUCUCCCUUCAUCCCUCCAUCCAUCCUUCCCUCUCUCAGGGCAGGGGGAGACAGCGAAUGUAGCCCAGCACUGGUAUUAAGCCCCUCCCACUGUGAUUCUACCCAGCUCCACACACAUUGGACUGUACUGUAGUCUGCAGACCUUAGAGCAUGCAAACCCCAGAGUCUGUAGCUUGGAGCCCUGAGAAGAAACCAGGGGACUGUCAUACUGGCUGACAUAAUAACACACUAUCCCCUAUGUAGUGGACUACUUCUGACCAGAGCCCCAACCCAAACACAUUUCCCAUCUUUGGUUAUCUGAUGUUGCCUCAAACUACAAAAACACAUUUCAUACAGAGAAUCAUUAUGAUGCCCAAUGCUAAAUUUAGCAUGGGGGGCUCUGGUCAAACAUACAUGCACUACAUGCACUACAUGGGGAAUAGGGUAACAUUUUAGAUUUGCCCUCUGAGGCUGAAGCCAGCCUCUUCAGACCCCUCUCGGGUCCCUGUUGGGCCCCUAAUUGGACUCUACAGUCCUCCUUACCAUCUGUCCCAGGCUGAGGGGUGAGGACCAACCAAUCAGUCCCAGCCUGAUGGGUGAGGACCAACCAAUCAGUCCCAGCCUGAGGGGUGAGGAUCAACCAAUCAGUCCCAGCCUGAGGGGUGAGGACCAACCAAUCAGUCCCAGCCUGAGGGGUGAGGACCAACCAAUCAGUCCCAGCCUGAGGGGUGAGGACCAACAAAUCGGUCCCAGCCUGAGGGGUGAGGACCAACCAAUCAGUCCCAGCCUGAGGGGUGAGGACCAACCAAUCGGUCCCAGCCUGAGGGGUGAGGACCAACCAAUCAGUCCCAGCCUGAGGGGUGAGGACCAACCAAUCAGUCCCAGCCUGAGGGGUGAGGACCAACAAAUCGGUCCCAGCCUGAGGGGUGAGGACCA